AUGAGUGCCGUCGAUGUGAAGAAGGACGACAAAGCCGAUUUUGGCGACGCCAACCCGCGCGUGGUCACAAAACCUGUCAGUAAUCUCGGUGACGAAGUUCUGGAUGACGAUGAUGCGGCGCUUGCACAGCGUGUCGGGCAUCGUUCAGAAUUUGCUCGUGAGUUCAAGAGCUUCUCAACUAUAUCCUUUGCGUUCGCCAUUAUGGGUCUUGUCUCUUCUAUUGCAACCACGUUUGCUAGUCCCUUCACGCUCGGUGGUCCUGCAAGCACGGUCUGGGCCUGGUUCAUGGGUUCCAUUUUCAACAUGACUAUAGGCACAGCCAUCGCUGAGCUCGUUUCGGCUUCCCCUUCGGCCGGUGGUCUGUACUCUGCAAGUGGCCUUCUGGUCCCCCACAAGUACCGCGCCACUGUGGCAUGGGUGACUGGUUGGCUGAACCUGACUGGUCAGAUUGCCGGUAUUGCGGGCACAGAGUACGGUUUGGCUCAAAUGAUUUACGCUUGGGCAAAUGUGAUUUCCGACGGUAGUUUUUCGGCUAACAGGCAUGAAACCGUUGGUCUGUACUAUGCACUUCUUGUUAUUCACGGAAUCAUCAAUUCCUUGGAUUCAAAAACUCUGGCGCGCAUGACAAGUGGCUAUGUAAUCGUGAACCUUGGCAUUACGUUCGUUAUUAUCAUCACGCUCCUUGCUACGACACCACUGCAUGAAAUGUGGGGUCCUUCUUACACGUUCGGAACGAUCAUUAACCAGUCUGGCUGGGAAGGCCAGGGAGGCACAGCGAUUUCUUUCUUGUUUGGUCUCUUGUCUGUGCAGUUUGUUAUGACCGACUACGACGCUACGGCUCACAUAUCAGAAGAGGUCCACCGCGCCUCCAUCGCAGCACCCGUGGCUAUCAUGGUAGCUGUUGCAGGCACAGGUAUGGUGGGCUGGCUUCUGAACAUUGUGUUGGUGAUCACCUCCGGCGACGUCGUACAUCAAGAUGUGGAUGACAUGCCAGGUGGACUUCCAAUGGCACAAAUCAUGGUGAAUCGUAUGCACAAGGUCGGAUUCCUUGUCGUUUGGCCUUUUGUUUGUCUCGUUGCAUUUUUUGUUGUGACCACAGCUAUGCAAGCGAAUGCGCGUUCCUUCUAUGCUUUUUCGCGUGAUCAUGGUCUUCCUGAUAAAGGCUUUUUCGCCAAGAUUUACAAACGCACUGGCACAACAGUUAAUGCCGUUUGGCUCGUUGUGUUGUGCUGCAUUAUUCUGGGUUUGCUUGGCUUCAUCUCGCAAUAUGCCAUCAAUGCCAUUUUCGCUUUGGCUGCGUUGGGUAUGGAUAUCUCAUAUUUGAUCCCGAUUGUUUGCCGGCAAAUUUUCCAAGAUCACCCAGAGGUCAUGUUUAAACCGGGUCCAUUCACGCUUGGACGUGGAUUUUUUGGACGCCUGAUCAAUGGAAUUGCUAUUCUCUGGACCAUAUUUGAAUGCACAGUUCUGAGUAUCCCUCAAGAGAUGCCAAUUGACGAGAAGAAUUUCAAUUAUUCCUGGGUCAUUAUGCUUGGUGUGCUAUUCCUCUCUUUAAUUUGGUAUGUCGCGCAUGCACAUAGGCAUUACCAUGGACCUCGCAGCACCAUGAGCCCGGAACAACUUGCCAAACUGGACGAAGGGGUAAAGGAUGAGGAGAAGUAG